CUCAUUUACCCUCUUUACGGAGUCUCUGUCGUUCGUCACUGUCGUACGUGAAAACUAGCAAAUUUUCUGUUUUUAUUUUUGUUUUGGCCCUCUUUGUUUGGUUCGUAAACAGUUAUAGUGACUAUCUUAAGGGUUUUUUAAAGUGACCCACUAAGAUUUCUCACUUUCUCAGUGGCUCAGUUUACUGUAUUGAAAACCAAAUCCAAAAACUCCGUAGCAGUGCAUGAGCUAAUCAACAAAAUGAUUCUGCUUCAAAGUUUUUGUCUUCCUUCUUCUUCAUCUGUGUCGGCAUUGCUAUUGCAUUGAAGGUUUCUAAUUUUUCAUGCCUCUAGUUCCCUUCCGUUCAAGAUUGUCUCUUCUCACUCAGUAGCAUCCUGCAUUUUGUUUGAUUGAGGGGUUUUUCAGAAGAUUCGUCAUAUAAAGUGAGAUUUACUUGGGUUCCAUGAAUGUUCUGCGUUGGUGAGCUGCAAAAACUGUAGCUUUUUGGGGAAUUUUUUUUUUGAAGUCAAGGAUGAAUCUAUCAAGGGUUUUGUUAUUAUCCAUGUUUUUCCUGUCUGCAAUGGGGCAACUUCCUUCACAGGACAUCAUGGCAUUGCUCGAGUUCAAGAAAGGCAUCAAACAUGACCCUACAGGGUUUGUUCUUAAUUCGUGGAACGACGAGUCCAUCGACUUCAACGGCUGUCCUUCUUCAUGGAAUGGUAUCGUCUGCAAUGGUGGUAAUGUGGCUGGUGUUGUUUUGGACAAUUUGGGUUUAUCUGCAGACGCUGAUUUCAGUAUGUUCUCCAACUUGACAAUGCUUGUCAAGCUCUCUAUGGCUAACAACUCCAUUACUGGUGUCUUGCCAAAUAAUUUAGGCAGCUUCAAAAGCCUCCAGUUCCUGGAUUUAUCUGAUAACCUCUUCUCUUCGUCGCUGCCAAAAGAGAUUGGUAGAUCAGUGAGCUUGAAGAAUCUCUCUUUAGCUGGUAACAACUUCUCUGGUGAGAUUCCAGAAUCUGUGGGCGGGUUGAUUUCGCUUCAGUCGCUGGAUAUGAGCCGCAACUCCUUAUCUGGACCUUUGCCAAAGUCCUUGACAAGGAUUAACGAGCUGUUGUACUUGAAUCUGUCUUCUAAUGGAUUCACAGGGAAGAUCCCAAGGGGCUUGGAGUUAGUUUCGAGUCUUCAAGUGCUUGAUCUUCAUAGUAACUCCAUUGAUGGUAAUCUCGACGGGGAGUUUUUCCUUUUAACGACUGCGAGCUAUGUUGAUUUCAGUGGGAACAGAUUGGCGACGACGUCUGGGAAACUGUUGCCUGGUGUUUCUGAGAGCAUCAAGCACUUGAACCUCAGCCACAAUCAGCUUGAAGGUUCACUGACUAGUGGGUUUCAGUUGUUUCAGAGCUUAAAAGUCUUGGAUCUUAGCUACAACCAGUUAUCAGGAGAAUUACCAGGUUUCAAUUAUGUCUAUGAUCUCGAAGUACUCAAGCUCAGCAACAAUAGAUUUACAGGUUCCCUUCCCAAUAACCUGUUGAAAGGUGACUCUUUGGUUUUGACAACGCUGGAUUUAAGUGGUAACAAUCUCUCAGGGUCAAUAAGUGCUAUCAUGUCAACAACUCUUCACAGCCUUGAUCUUUCUUCAAAUUCACUGACCGGGGAGCUUCCUCUUUUGACUGGGAGCUGCGUUUUGCUUGAUCUCUCAAACAACCAGUUUGAAGGAAAUCUGACAAGAUGGUCAAAAUGGGAGAAUAUCGAGUAUCUUGAUCUCAGCCGAAACCAUUUCACUGGGUCGUUCCCUGACGUAACUCCUCAGCUUCUGCGAGCGAAUCAUCUUAACCUUUCCUACAAUAAGCUCACAGGCUCGCUUCCAGAACGGAUUCCUACUCAUUAUCCGAAACUUCGGGUUCUUGAUAUAAGUUCUAACAGCUUAGAAGGGUCAAUCCCAAGUGCAUUACUCUCUAUGCCAACUUUGGAGGAAAUCCACCUUCAAAACAAUGGCAUGACAGGUAACAUCGGACCCUUACCUUCUUCUGGUUCCAAAAUCCGUCUUCUUGAUCUUUCUCACAACCGGUUUGACGGAGAUCUUCCUGGUGUAUUCGGAUCUUUGACCAAUCUCCAAGUGCUGAACCUCGCAGCAAAUAAUUUGUCUGGAUCUUUGCCCAACUCCAUGAAUGAAAUGGUCUCUCUAAGCUCAUUAGACGUAUCCCAGAAUCGUUUCACCGGACCACUCCCAAGCAACUUAUCCAGCAGCCUUGUGGCCUUUAAUGUGUCAUACAACGAUCUAUCAGGGACUGUGCCUGAUAAUCUGAAGAACUUCCCUCGACCUUCCUUUUAUCCUGGAAACAGCAAACUCAUCUUGCCUGCUGGAUCCCCUGGUUCGAGUGCAUCAGAAGCUUCCAAGAGGAAACCCAAGAACUUACUUAUCAAGGUGGUCAUAAUAGUUUCUUGCGCCAUUGCUAUAAUCAUUCUCAUCCUUGUGGCUAUCCUCCUAUUUUGCAUCUGCAAAUCAAGAAGACGCGAAGAGCGUAGUGUUACAGGUAAAGAAAUUACUAGGCGGGCACAAACAAUCCCCUCGGGCAGUGGUGGUGGUAUGGUCGUCUCUGCUGAGGAUCUCGUCGCUUCAAGAAAAGGCUCGUCAUCCGAAAUCCUCAGUCCGGAUGAGAAACUAGCUGUUGCAACCGGAUUCUCUCCUUCCAAGACAAGUAAUUUAUCUUGGUCACCUGGCUCAGGAGAUUCGUUCCCAGCUGAUCAGCAACUAGCACGGCUUGACGUUAGGUCACCGGAUAGACUCGUGGGAGAGCUGCAGUUUCUGGAUGAAUCAAUCAAACUGACUCCAGAGGAACUGUCGAGGGCACCAGCUGAAGUUCUGGGAAGAAGUAGCCACGGGACUUCUUACAGGGCAACGCUUGACAAUGGAGUGUUUUUAACAGUGAAGUGGCUAAGAGAAGGCGUGGCGAAGCAGAGAAAGGAGUUUGCUAAAGAAGUGAAGAAAUUCGCCAACAUCAGGCAUCCUAAUGUCGUGACUCUACGAGGAUACUACUGGGGUCCCACGCAACACGAAAAGCUUAUUCUUUCAGAUUACAUAUCGCCUGGAAGCCUCGCCAGCUUCCUUUACGAUCGACCAGGCAGGAAAGGCCCUCCCUUAGCCUGGAUCCAGCGGUUGAAAAUCGCGGUUGAUGUCGCACGUGGUCUAAACUAUCUCCAUUUCGACAGAGCGGUUCCACACGGUAACCUCAAGGCAACAAACAUCCUCUUAGAUGGAGACGAGCUUAACGCACGUGUAGCAGAUUACUGCCUCCACCGUCUCAUGACGCAAGCAGGCACAGUCGAACAGAUUCUAGACGCAGGCAUCCUCGGCUACAGAGCUCCCGAGCUAGCGGCUUCGAGGAAACCGUUACCUUCUUUCAAAUCAGAUGUGUAUGCAUUCGGUGUGAUACUUCUUGAGAUCCUAACAGGGAGAUGUGCAGGAGAUGUGAUCACAGGUGAACAAGAAGGUGUUGAUCUAACGGACUGGGUUAGGCUACGUGUUGCAGAAGGGCGUGGCGCGGAAUGCUUUGACUCGGUGUUGACUCAGGAGAUGGGAAGUGAUCCUGUUACAGAGAAAGGCACGAAAGAAGUUCUUGGGAUUGCCUUGAGGUGUAUAAGAUCGGUUUCUGAGAGACCUGGUUCCAAUGGAGUUUGGUCCUUGUCAAGUUCAUGCUUUUGUUUCUCGAGAAGCAUGUUCUUUGAUUUAAGAUACAAUAGUGAUAUGCAGAUCACAUGCCUCCCAAUUCCGAUUUCAUCGAUCACUCCUCGAACCUCAUUUCCACCUUUAUCGCUCUCCUCAAAUCCUCGCCGUAUUUGCAACCUCAGUUCACUUCACAACCCACAUCACGGUCUCUUCGCCGUAUCUUCCAAAAGACUACAUAAAUCUCAUACUGGUUUCACCAAUCCUGUUCUGGCCGCGAUGAAAAGCGAAGAAGGAACUGGAGCUGACGAUGCGUUUUAUAUGAGGAAAUGCGUGGAGCUGGCAAAGAGAGCAAUUGGGUGUACUAGUCCUAAUCCCAUGGUAGGCUGUGUCAUUGUUAAAGACGGCAAUAUCGUUGGCGAAGGGUUUCAUCCUAAAGCUGGUCAGCCUCAUGCUGAGGUGUUCGCUCUUAGAGAUGCUGGAGACUUAGCUGAGAAUGCCACUGCUUACGUUAGCUUGGAACCGUGUAAUCAUUACGGGAGAACGCCGCCGUGCACUGAGGCACUGAUCAAGGCUAAGGUGAAAAGAGUUGUGGUUGGGAUGGUUGAUCCGAACCCAAUCGUUUCUUCCUCGGGUAUCAGUCGCUUGGUAGAUGCUGGCAUUGAUGUCACUGUGGGUGUAGAAGAAGAGUUAUGCAAGAAGAUGAACGAGGGAUUCAUCCAUCGAAUGUUAACAGGAAAGCCUUUUCUUGCUCUCAGGUAUUCUAUGUCUGUCAAUGGUUGUUUCCUGGACAAGAUCGGUGAAGGGGCUUCGGAUUCUGGUGGAUACUACUCAAAGCUAUUACAAGAGUAUGAUGCGAUAAUACUUUCUUCCUCGUUAUCUGAUAAGCUCUCGAGCAUUUCCACACAAGAAGCUAAUGAAUCGAGCCAACCUAUUAAAAUCAUAGUGGAAGAAUCGGCCUUGAAAGUUGUCAGCGAUGUUGAAACCGUGGUAUUGGAAAAUAUAAAUUUAGAUUCCAUCUUGGGUUACUGUUAUCGACGUGGACUAUGCAGUGUCUUGUUGGAUUUGAGGGGAGACAUUAAAGACCUUGAAGUGCUUAUCAGAGAUGGAUUUGAGCAGAAACUGUUGCAGAAGAUAGUAGUUGAAGUAUUACCUGAAUGGUGCGGGAAAGAUGAGAGACAGGUCGCGUCGAUGAACUGGUUAGAAGAAACAAAGGCUGUGGAAAAUUUGCAGCCUAAGCAAUUAGGUGGAAGCGUUUUGCUAGAGGGCUAUCUUUGAUGUUUUGACUAUUGUGUGUGGUCUUACAGAUUUCUUAAAAAAGAUUUUAAAAGUAUUACUUAUUUCGUUUCAUAAAAUGUAUGUUGUAAGAUUUCUUUUUGUUUCACAAAAGUGAAUGUAAUAAUAAUACUUGGGUUCCUAAUUAACCCAUACCACCCAUUCAAUUAGAUCUUUGACUGAGGAGUACGUUUUUAAAAAUUCCAUUUUCA